AUGUUACGCGUAUUUUCUCCUUUGGUUUCCUCUCUCAUUCAUUUUGGCGUUUACAGAUUUUCUGUCUUUACUUUGUCUCUUCGGCUUCUUUAUUUGUUCGCAUUCUUUUGCGUUUUGACUUCUUUCUCUUUUUCUCUUUAUAAGUUUUCUCUCCUUUUUCUUUCUUUUUCAUACUCUUCCUCUCUCCUCCAAUCUCAAGUGCUUCUUCUUUUCCCCCCCCCAUUAUUGUUUUCUUUAUUUUCUCUAUUUCAUCAUCAUCAUCAUCAUCAUCAUCAUUUUCUCUUCCUUGGCUCUGUCAUCACUAUCGCCCACUUCUAUUCUUUGAUAUUCUCUCACUUCUUUCAUUCUCCAUCUUUUUCUACUCCCCCCUCAUCUACUUUCCUCUUCUUUCUCUUCGUUUCUCCAUCCAACAACUUCAUCCUUCUCUCUCUUUCAUCUCCAUUUUUUUUUUCUUUUACUGUUUCUUUUUCUCUUCACCGUUUUCUUUCCUUGCUUUGUUGGUUCAUUUUUUUUUCUUCCCUUAUCAAUGUCUCCUCUUCACCUUUUCUUUUCAUUCCUCUUUGUUCAAUUCUUCUUUUCUUCUUCUUCUUCUUCUUCUUCUUCUUCUUCUUCUUCUUCUUCUUCUUCCGUUGUUCAUUGUUUUAG